AUUCCUGACAACCGUCGCCAGAGAACGUAGAAUAUACGUUCUCCGUGGCAGCUGCUGCUUACAUUUGCGGCGUCGCUUAUCUAUCUUUGACAUUUUUAUUGGUAAAAUUAAAUUAUUAAAUUGGCAUCUCUUAGUUCUAAAUAGAAGAAAUCAGUGUAGUCGGAAAAUGGAUUUGCCAGCGGCAGACGUGGUGCUCUAUAGUGUUCUAGGGGUGAUCCUAUUGGAAAAUAUAUUUGAUAUUUACAUUACUUAUCGUCAGAUACAAGUAUACAAAACUGCUUUGAAGGUACCCAAGGAACUGAAGGAUUGCAUGAGCGAUGAGACAUUCCAGAAAGCACGUCUUUAUGGCCUCGAUCGUGCCAAUUUCGGAGUAUUUUGUGCCAUUAUAAAGGAUGUUAUCCUAAUGUGCAUCGAACUCUAUACCGGCUUUAUUGCUGUACAAUGGGACUGGGCUAUCGAUUUAGCGAAAUUGGUGCAUUUAAAUAGUGAAAACGAAAUCAUCGUAAGUUGCUUGUUUGCAUUUGUCACUAGCGUAAUUGGCACAUUCAAAGAUUUGCCAUUUAAAAUCUACAGCACAUUUGUGCUUGAGGAGAAACAUGGUUUUAAUAAACAAACCGGCGGCUUUUUCGCCUGGGAUCAAGUAAAAGGAUUCCUUGUAACACAAGUACUAAUGGUUCCUAUUAUCUCUGCCACUGUUUGGAUUGUGAAGAACGGCGGCGACCAAUUCUUCAUUUGGCUUUGGUUAUUCACUGGCAUUACUUCACUGGUUUUACUCACAAUAUAUCCAAUAUUUAUUGCACCACUAUUUGACAAGUAUACACCGCUCGAGGAUGGACCACUUCGUAAAUCCAUUGAAGAUUUGGCUGCUACAUUGAAAUUUCCACUUACUAAACUGUAUGUUGUUGAGGGUUCUAAACGUUCAUCGCACAGUAAUGCGUAUUUCUAUGGCCUCUGGAAUUCCAAACGUAUUGUGCUCUUCGACACAUUGCUCUUGAAUAAAGGUAAACCGGAUGAUUCCGAACUGAAGGAGGAAGAUAAAGGAAAAGGUUGCACAAAUGAAGAAGUACUCGCCGUAUUGGGUCACGAGUUGGGCCACUGGAAAUGCGGUCACGUAACUAAGAAUAUUAUUAUCGCACAAGUACAUUUACUUCUUCUAUUUGUUGUCUUCGGUUAUUGCUUCAGCUAUGGACCCUUCUAUGAAGCGGUCGGCUUCAAAUCCGGCACUCGCCCCAUUGUUGUGGGUUUGUUGGUAGUAUUUACAUAUGUCAUGGCACCCUACAAUGCGAUUGUUAAUUUCGCUAUGACGACGCUUUCACGUUACUACGAAUAUCAGGCUGAUGAAUUUGCACAUGGCCUGGGCUUCUCCAAGCAAUUGGGCCAAUCUUUGAUUAAAUUGAAUUUGGAUAAUUUGGGCUUCCCAGUUUACGAUUGGCUUUAUUCUGCAUGUAAUCAUUCACAUCCAACACUUUUGCAGCGUCUGGAUCGUCUUAAACAGUUAGAUGUCGAAGGUAAAGAGACAAAGAAGGAGAAAUAGAGAAGUGCUGCUGGUGCAAUAGACGAGUGUUAUCGAAGGAAAAGCCUUAUGGCUGUCGCCAAGGCUAAUACAAAAUUGCACGGUUACAAUAUCUCACUGCUGUACUAGUCUCAUACCGAUUUCAAUUAAUUAAAAAUUUUUAUAUUGUUUAAUAUUUUUAAUAUUUGUAUUUUCAAGUUCGAUGUACAAAUUGUAGUUUUAUUCAAGAAAUAAAUUAGAGAUUACACAGCUUUUAAACAAGUGA